AAUAAAAAUAUUAUUUGCGCAUUUUAUGAAUUGCACCACAUAUCAGUGAAUUUAAUAUAUCGGCUAUGUGGAAUCAGGUGUCGAUGACAGCAACAACGCCCCAGCCCACAAUAGUGCCACCAAUGCCGUCAGAUGCACCACUACCUCCGCCGCCAGUAGACAAUAUGGGCGCCACAGAGCAAUGCACGCUCGAACAGAAUGCGACGAUAACACCGGAAGAACAGUAUGUGUUGCAGCAGCAGUGGCAGUUGUGGCAAAACUAUCAGUUUGAAUAUGCCGAGUGGCAUGCCAAGUAUGGUAAGCAGUACGAGUGGGAAAUGGUUGCUGGAGCAGCUAGCAAUGCGCAAAUUGUGCCACACGUAUACACACAGGGGCAGCUACAGUCGCAGUUGCAGUUGCAGUUGCCUAGUCAAAUAAUAGCACAGCCAAAGAUGUAUACUAAGCCGGAAGUCGACCACGAAACUUCACAGCAACAGCAGCAGCAGCAGCAGUUGGCACAGCAGCAGCAACAGCAGCCUCCGCAGCUGCCACAGCAGCAGCAGCAACAGCAGACGCCGACGCCGCCGAUGUCAAACCAGUGGCAGCAACAGAAGCCGCCUGACAGAUUCCAGCAAAUGCCAACUCAUAAUCCAUGGUCCAGGGGAACAUUAUACCGGGGCAAUGAGGGAGGCAGACAGCGUCCACGAUGGGAGUGGCAACUGGGCCAGGGACGUAACUAUCGCUGGCAAGGCAAUGACAGUAAUUGCAAUGAAGGCGUCAGCAAUACGGCAAAUCAAUUUGGCAAUCGAAGAUGGCCUGCUAAAAAUUACAAUAAUCCAUUAAAUUUUUGGAACUUUGGUGGACUGAGUUUUGGUUGUUGUGGCAGCAAUUGUUGGGGUCAUUUUGGGCAUACCAGCAACAGUUACCAAAAUCAGCCACAGCAACAGCAGCAACAACUUGUUCGCCUGUUCAAUCACUGGGAGAAACAGUUCGAGGAUUGGAAACGCGCCAAUGCCAAUCAUCCUGAUCGCAUUCGGUAUCGAAGCUAUAAACACGAUUUUGAGAAGCUGCGACAUCGCAUCGCCAAGUGUCUUAGAGCAUUGCGAUGCGGGAGUCAAAUGCAGAAUUCACAGCAACAACAACAGCAGCAGAAACAACAACCUGGAGACAAUGUCUGUGAUACCGACUAUGAGGAAGGUGAAAGUCAUUUCGGUAAGGAGCAAACACAACAGCAGAGCCGGGAACUGACUUCAAACCAUGGACUGGUACUAAAUUUGAGAAAGGCGAAUCAGGAAAAUAUAUCAACUAUAUCGUUCAAUGAUGAGGUGGAUGAUGUGCUGCAGCAAACGGCUGGCAAACGGGAACGUGAAGAACGGCAGCAAUCCGAUGAGCGCUCUGUUUAUGCCAACAACGGCAAUAGCAAUGAGAGUAAUGAUGAUCGGGAGCUGUUCCUUGCCAAAAUGAAUGAUAACCAGAAAAGUGGCACACAAGAUGGACAGCAGGAUAAUAGGGCAGACAAUGUUUUCGCCGGCGGUUUCGGGUCGGGAGCUGGUUUUGAGAACGAGGAACGAACACAUUAUAGUCCAAACUAUGGAAGUAGUAAGUAGUACGGUUUGGCGUCCAAUGGAAUAAUUUUGAUGGAUCUUUUCGACGCAUUUUUGGAGCCGCUGAAAACAACUACUCCCAUUUCAAUGGACUCAACGGACCCGGUUCAACCUUAACGUCUCGACCUUUUCGCAUUUCGAUCAAACUUAUUUAAUAAUAGUUCAACUUUCAAUAAUCCAACUGUCAAUAGUUCGAACAUGGGCAACAAUAAUAAUAACUUGUUUAGCGUCACGAAAUUCAAACCGAUUUUCUCAAGCUUUGAUGACCUGGCAGAAAAGAACAGCUGAUUCAGUCAGAAAAUUUUGGAAAACAGCGAGAAUAGCAAUAAGCCAAGUGCUGAUAGGAGAUGUGUCAUGGAUAUGUCAACAAACUACAAGUGAUGCUAAUGAAACAAAACAUUUUAUAGUAGCAUUUAUAUAUAGCAUUUACAAGAAAGAUAAUGAUA